AUGUCGGGCCAAACGCUCACAGAUCGGAUCGCCGCCGCUCAGUACAGCGUGACAGGCUCUGCUGUAGCAAGAGCGGUCUGCAAAGCCACCACUCAUGAAGUGAUGGGCCCCAAGAAAAAGCACCUGGACUAUUUGAUCCAGGCUACCAACGAGACCAAUGUGAAUAUUCCUCAGAUGGCCGACACCCUCUUUGAGCGGGCAACAAACAGUAGCUGGGUGGUUGUAUUUAAAGCUUUAGUGACAACACAUCAUCUCAUGGUGCACGGAAAUGAGAGAUUUAUUCAGUAUUUGGCCUCUAGAAAUACACUAUUCAAUCUCAGCAACUUUUUGGAUAAAAGUGGAUCCCAUGGUUAUGAUAUGUCUACCUUCAUAAGGCGCUAUAGUAGAUAUUUGAAUGAAAAGGCUUUCUCUUACAGACAGAUGGCAUUUGAUUUUGCCAGAGUGAAAAAAGGGGCUGAUGGUGUAAUGAGAACAAUGGCUCCUGAGAAGCUAUUAAAGAGUAUGCCAAUACUGCAGGGACAAAUUGAUGCACUGCUUGAAUUUGAUGUGCAUCCAAAUGAACUAACAAAUGGUGUCAUAAAUGCUGCAUUUAUGCUUCUUUUCAAAGAUCUUAUCAAACUUUUUGCUUGCUACAAUGAUGGAGUUAUUAACUUACUCGAAAAGUUUUUUGAAAUGAAGAAAGGACAAUGUAAAGACGCUCUAGAAAUUUAUAAACGAUUUCUAACUAGAAUGACACGAGUGUCUGAAUUUCUCAAGGUUGCAGAGCAAGUUGGUAUUGAUAAAGGUGACAUUCCUGACCUCACACAGGCUCCCAGCAGUCUUAUGGAGACCCUUGAACAGCAUCUAAAUACAUUAGAAGGAAAGAAACCUGGAAACAAUGAAGGAUCUGGUGCUCCCUCUCCAUUAAGUAAGUCUUCUCCAGCCACAACUGUUACGUCUCCUAAUUCUACACCAGCUAAAACUAUUGACACAUCCCCACCGGUUGAUUUAUUUGCAACUGCAUCUGCGGCUGUCCCAGUCAGCACUUCUAAACCAUCUAGUGAUCUCCUGGACCUCCAGCCAGACUUCUCUGGAGGUGCCCCAGCAGCCGCGGCACCAGCACCACCACCUGCUGGCGGAGCUACUGCCUGGGGAGACCUUUUGGGAGAGGAUUCUUUGGCUACACUUUCCUCUGCUCCCUCCGAAGCACAGAUUUCAGAUCCAUUUGCACCAGAACCUGCCCCUCCUACUACAACUGCUGAAAUUGCAACUGCUUCGGCUUCUGCCUCAACUACUACCACUGUUACUGCUGUCACUGCUGAAGUGGAUCUCUUUGGAGAUGCCUUUGCAGCUUCUCCUGGGGAGGCCCCUGCCGCAUCCGAAGGGGCCGCCGCACCAGCUACCCCAACCCCUGUAGCAGCAGCACUUGAUGCAUGUUCAGGAAAUGACCCCUUUGCCCCGUCUGAAGGUAGUGCAGAGGCUGCACCUGAGCUGGACCUCUUUGCAAUGAAGCCACCUGAGACCAGUGUUCCUGUAGUUACCCCUACAGCUAGCACAGCCCCUCCGGUUCCCGCAACUGCUCCUUCUCCUGCUCCCACCGUUGCAGCUGCCACUGCUGCCACUACCGCUGCCGCCGCUGCCACCACUACCACCACCUCUGCUGCCACCACCACCACCACUGCUCCUCCUGCUCUAGAUAUCUUUGGUGAUUUGUUUGAGUCUGCUCCUGAAGUUGCUGUAGCGCCUAAGCCAGACGCUGCUCCUAGCAUAGACCUGUUUGGUACAGAUGCUUUCUCCUCUCCACCACAAGGGGCCUCUCCUGUGCCUGAGAGUUCUCUCACUGCUGACCUCUUAUCUGUGGACACAUUUGCAGCACCAUCUCCUGCAACCACUGCCUCUCCAGCAAAGGUGGAUUCUUCAGGUGUGAUAGACCUUUUUGGGGAUGCAUUUGGAAGUAGUGCUUCUGAACCCCAACCUGCACCUCAGGCUGCUUCUAGUUCAUCAGCAUCGGCAGACCUACUAGCUGGAUUUGGGGGUUCUUUCAUGGCCCCCUCUCCAUCACCAGUGACUCCAGCUCAGAAUAACCUGCUACAGCCCAAUUUUGAAGCAGCUUUUGGAACAACGCCUUCAACUUCUAGCAGCAGCUCCUUUGAUCCAUCAGUGUUUGAUGGUCUAGGUGAUCUUCUGAUGCCAACCAUGGCACCAGCUGGGCAGCCUGCACCUGUCUCAAUGGUACCACCCAGUCCCGCAAUGGCAGCCAGCAAAGCCCUUGGGAGUGAUCUUGAUUCAUCUCUUGCCAGCUUAGUAGGCAAUCUUGGAAUUUCUGGUACCACAUCAAAAAAGGGAGAUCUUCAGUGGAAUGCUGGAGAGAAAAAGUUGACUGGUGGAGCGAACUGGCAGCCGAAAGUAGCUCCUGCAACAUGGUCAGCAGGCGUUCCCCCAAGUGCCCCUUUGCAAGGAGCUGUACCUCCAACCAGUUCGGUUCCUCCUGUUGCCGGGGCCUCAUCCGUUGGACAACCUGGAGCAGGAUUUGGAAUGCCACCUGCUGGGACAGGCAUGCCCAUGAUGCCUCAGCAGCCAGUUAUGUUUGCACAGCCCAUGAUGAGGCCACCCUUUGGAGCCGCAGCUGUGCCUGGCACACAGCUUUCUCCAAGCCCUACACCUGCCACUCAGAGUCCCAAGAAACCUCCAGCAAAGGACCCAUUAGCGGAUCUUAACAUCAAGGAUUUCUUGUAA